AUGGCCGCUAUUUCUGUGCCACUGCAACCUUGCAAGCAAGGUUGUGUUAUGGAGAUUAAUGCAGAGCAUGAUAGAGAUAAUAGUCCUUUGCUAUAUGAGAAUGAAGAAAUUGAAGAACCUAAGCAGGGAAUGAUUUUUAGUUCGAAGGAAGAUAUUUAUGCAUACUAUAAGAGAUAUGCCAACCAAGUAGGAUUCUCUGUAGCUCUUAGAUCACAACAUGUGGGGGUCAAUGGAGAGUUAAAAGACUUUGUAAUUGAAUGUUCUCGGGCAGGGAAGAAGAAAAGUAAAUCUGAGCUAAAUCCAUUGAAGCCAUUUCUAUCUGCAAAAGUGGAUUGUAAAGCACGAUUGAGAGCAAUCUUACAAAAGGGUGAGACAUUCAUGAUAAGUAAAGUAGUUCUUGAGCAUAAUCAUGAAUUGAUCUCAAGUGACAUUAGACACUUCAAAUGUAAUAAGAGAAUUAACACUCCUACAAAGAGAAGAUUGGAAUUAAAUGAUCAAGCAGGGAUUGGUGUUUCGAGAAAUUUCACUUCCUUAGUUGUUGAAGCAGGGGGGUAUGAACACUUGUCUUUUGAUGAAAAAGAUUGCCGCAAUUAUAUUGAGAAAGCACGAAGAUUGAGACUUGGGGAAGGUGAUGCCGAAUCAAUCAGAAACUAUUUUUUGAGAAUGCAAAGAGAAAAUUCUAACUUUUUUUACAUAAUAUACUUUGAUGAUGAUUGUCGCAUAAAACAUCUAUUUUGGGCUGAUUCACCGAAUAGAUCAAGUUAUGGAGUGUUUGGAGAUGUUGUUUCCUUUGAUACGACUUAUCUCACAAACAAAUACGAUAUGCCGUUUGCCCCUUUCGUAGGAGUAAAUCACCAUGGACAGUCGAUUUUAUUGGGUUGUGGCUUGUUAUCAAGUGAGGACACCGACACAUUUGUUUGGUUGUUCAAGUCAUGGUUAGCUUACAUGUUUAGUCAUCCUCCAAAAGCUAUAAUUAUUGAUCAAUGCAAAGCUAUGCAAAAUGCUAUUGAGAUUGUAUUUCCAGAAGUGAGACAUAGAUGGUGCUUGUGGCAUAUUAUGAAAAAAAUACCGGAGAAGUUAAGAGGUUACUCUAGAUAUGAAGCUAUCAAAGAGGCAAUGUUAAAAGUUGUUCAUGAUACUUUCAGCAUUUAUGAGUUUGAGAAAGAAUGGAGUGUGAUGGUUGAAAGGUUUAGUCUUCAGGGUAAUGGGUGGUUGGAGACAUUAUAUGAACAACGGCGUCGUUGGGUUCCAGUUUAUGUCAAAGAUACAUUUUGGGCAGGUAUGUCAACUACACAACGUAGUGAGGGUAUGAAUGCUUUUUUUGAUGGGUAUGUAAACUCAAAAACCACUUUGAGGAAUAAGAUUGAGAAGGAGACAAAAGCCGACUUUAAAUCUCGUCACAAGAUGUAUGACUACCUAACCAUGUAUGACAUUGAGAAGCAAUAUCAGGUGGCCUACACCAAUGCCAAAUUUAAAGAGAUUCAGGAGGAGUUUAAACGACUGAUUUACUGUGUUCCAUCUCUAGCCAAAUAUGAUGGUUCAGUGUCAAUUUAUAGCGUUGCAGAAAAUAUGAAAGUGGGAGAUUAUUGGAAGCAAGUCUACUUUAUUGUUCACUUUAAUACGGUUGAUAAAUGGAUGCAAUGUACAUGUCGCUUAUUUGAGUUUAAAGGUAUUUUGUGUGGCCACAUUUUCAAAGUGCUCACGGCGAGACAAGUAAAGGAUGUUCCAGAUAGUUAUAUCUUAGAAAGAUGGAGAAAGGAUUUGAAACGAUGCUACACAUUCAGUAAAACAAGUUAUAGUGGCUCGGGUGAUGCUAGUAAUGCACAAUUUUUUGAUCAAGCUCGACUUAAACUCAACGAAAUUGUUAAUCUUGCAUCCAAUUGUGAACUGAAACGUGAAAUUGUGAUGCGUGAUUUAGAGAAUUUGAAGGAAAAAAUUUUGAAUGAUGAAGUGCAGAUUUCUGUUAGUUCGAGACUAGUUGUUGACAAUACAAAGACGACUGACUAG